AAGCCUUGAACAACCCCACACUCCAACGAUUUGCCAGACCGGGCUAUCAUCGACGCAAGCAAGUCUUUCAGCAAAACCCAAGAUACGCAUUUCUCGACAUGAAAGCGUUUCAGUACGAGCCUUUGGAUCUUGGACUGAGGUCAUUCCGACUCCUCAUACUCUAUCCAGGAGGCAGCGAUAUCAGAUGUGACAUAUUCCAAGCAAGCCUUGAGCCUGACGAAAACAUCCCUUACGAAGCCCUCUCAUAUGCAUGGGGUUGUACCGACCUCAUUGAACCCAUAUCCGCCAAUGGAAAGAGGCUGUUCGUCACAAGAAAUCUCUUUCUAGCAUUGAACCAUCUCCGCACCGAGGAAGCGAGAAUACUCUGGGUGGACGCACUAUGCAUUGAUCAGAGCAAUCUCGCCGAGCGCGGUCAUCAAGUCGGGCACAUGGCUGGCAUUUACAGACAAGCAGAGCAGGUCCUUGUCUGGUUGGGACACUCGACGCAAGAUACGAUAUUUCUGAUGGACGCCUUGAGUAAGACGCGGCGAGGAUCAAAGAGUUUGGAAGGUAACGCCUCAUGCCCAGUUUCGCUAUUGGACCCAGGCUUCAUUGCGGGUAAUCUCGAUGGGCUCCGAAAGGGUUUGGAGCAUCUCUUUGAACAGCCGUGGUUUACGAGAGUCUGGGUGCUGCAGGAAGUCUCUUACGCUCGAGUGGCUUUGAUUUGCUGUGGGCACCACUCCAUUCCAGCUUACAUCUUCGUCGAGGCCACACGACUCGCCGGUAUCAAGCUCCACGACCGCCAACAAGCCUUGCUGGAUCUCAUGCCGAGUCCGUCCAACAAGAGAUCGGCGAGGAAAAAGUCUCUCUAUACCCUUCUUGUACAAUUCUGCACGAUGCAGGCAACAGACCCACGCGAUAUGGUUUACGCCCUGCUUGGCAUAGCAGCUGAUACACAACAAGGUACAGCGGCAACGCUAAUUUCAGCGGAUUACUUGAAGAGCGAGGAGCAACUCAUACACGAUUUGAGAACUUACAUUCUUGUUGGCGAGACUCAAGGUCGGCUAGCGCACUGCCCUGACAUGCUCAUAUUCCUCAAUUCAUUGUCAGCCUUGACCGCUGACAGAUUGGUCUAUCUCGUGGCUGCCGAUCGCAUCGAAAAUGCUAAAUUGCUCUGUGAUAGGCAUGCGCUAUUGAAACCUGAGGUUUCUCCCAACGCUCUCUUGCGUCUGACGCACGGCCGGAAGACUUCGAAAGUGAACCUGAUUUUUCGGAAACUUCUUGUCUCAGAGGCUCCAAAACUCAGCUUCAACAUGGAUUGUCUAAUUGCUAUUCUUGCUUCAUGCGAUCUUCCCACAGCUGUGUUUCUUAUCAAAAUGCCUGGAAACGGCUUGUUGAUAACCAAAAAGCUGGUAAGAGCAAUGCGUGAAAGAAGAGAUGUUCGAGCAAUCCAUUCUCUAGAUUCAGGAAUACCACUGGUGCGACAGAGAUUCUUCGAAGAAUUGACGCAUUGGAGUAUCCCAAUCACGCAGGAAGCUUUUGUCGCAAUAUUGCGCUGGUUAGGACCAACACGAACCGUGGAGAUUGCCAAUCACCAAUGCAAUGCUUUCAAGGUCAAUCAAAUGUUAGUAGAUAUGGCCAGGAUAAGUUUUCCUACCGAGCCAGUCCGCGAUUGGUUCCAAGCUAUGUUGGCAAGUGAGAAGAUCAAGUUGGAUUUUAACGUUGAAUAAUACUGUCGUGCAUUUGGCUGUAUGAUCGGACCCUAUUACUAAGGUAGCUAGAUGAGGUAUCUCUCACUAAUGAUUCUGUCAAGCUAGCUGUAUGAGAAGAUCUCUUCAUUGCGUGUCGAGCGAUGAAUACUGCUCCAUUACUAUUUGAAAUAUAU